AUGGACCGGAUGCUGUCCCUUCUACAAAACCAACUGAUGAAAGUGACCAAGAGAAUCAAGAAGAUGAAGAAGACAAAGAAAACCUCCAUCACAUUCAGGGGACGACUGUCAGCUGAAAAGGAUCCAGACCUCAGGAUUGUUCUUGUUGGGAAAACUGGAGUUGGUAAAAGUGCAGCAGGAAACACCAUUUUAGGAAAGAAAGUUUUUGAGUCUGAACUCUUUCUUUCCUCUUUGACAUCAAAGUGUGAGAAGGAAACUAAUAGUUUUGCUGGUCUAAAUCUGGUUGUUAUUGAUACUCCAGGUCUGUUUGAUACAAAUAAGAGUAAUGAAGAGGUUGUGAAAGAAAUCGCUAAAUGCAUCAGCAUGGCGGCUCCUGGUCCUCAUGUCUUCCUGAUUGUGAUCCAACCGACCAGAUUCACAGCAGAAGAAGAAAAAACAGUGGAAAUAAUUAAGACAAUGUUUGGAGAAAAAGCUGCCAAACACACCAUGAUCCUGUUUACCCAUGGAGACGAGCUGAAAAAGGGAAACAUUAAAAUAGAAAACCUGUUAGAAACAUCCCAACCUCUAAAACACAUCAUCAGUCAGUGCUCCAUCCUGGAGAAAUUUGAAGAUAAAUAUCAUGUUUUUGACAACAAUGUUGAGGAUUCUGCUCAAAUUGGUGGACUGGUGCAGAAGAUCAACAGAAUGGUUCAGAGAAAUGGAGGAAGUUUCUACACCAAUGAAAUGUUUAAAGAGGCAGAAAGAGCCAACCAAGAAGAAAUGAAACGACUCCUCAGAGAAAAUCCAGAUAUGAAUCCUCAAGAUGCAAGAAGACGGGCAGAGAGAAACAAUUCAUUUAUCAGUGCUGUCUUGAAGGCUGCUGCUGCAGGAGGUGCUGUUGGAGCUUCCAGGAGACCAUUAGGAGCUGCUGUUGGAUUUUAUGCUGGAGGUUUGGUUGGAGCCGUGGUUGGAGCUGUAGUAGCACUGAAAGAGAAGGGAGUAUGUGUUAUACAGUGA